CGUCCUCUUUGCACCAAUUUGUAAUGACUCAUGCGUGUACCACCACCAUCAAAAUUGUGGGUUCAUAUCACAUUGGUCAGAAUAUAUCUCAGCUGGUCAAAAAGAAGUGUAAAGGAGGGGGUAAUAUCGACUUUCAACCAAAUUCAACGCUUGACAACGGUGAUAAAGUCAGACCAAUGUCCGAUGCAUGAGGUAAAAAAAAAAGUAAAAAAAAUGGAGGCGGGAAAGAAAUUCGCAGUGCUCCAAUGCGCGGAGGACACGGAGCACGUGAAGAAGAGGUACGGCGGGUAUUUCGGGGUGUACUUGGAAAUGCUGGCGGAGGAGGGGGAGGAGUGGGCCCUCUUCCGGGUGGCUCGCGGCGAGUUUCCGGCGGAGGACGAGAUUGCCGGCUACGACGGGUUCGUCAUCACUGGGAGCUGCGCUAACGCCCACGCCAACGACGUCUGGAUAUGCAACUUCUUGGGCUUUCUCAGGAAGUUGGACUCCAUGAAGAAGAAAGUUCUUGGCAUUUGCUUUGGCCACCAGAUAUUGGGCCGGGCCAUAGGAGGAAAGACGGGGCGCAACACCAAUGGUUGGGACAUCGGAGUUACCACCGUACACUUGGCUCCGUCGAAGCUUUUCACCUCCCUCAAAAUGCCGCCUUACCUCGAUGUUUUUGAGUUCCACCAAGACGAGAUACAAGAGCUUCCAGCGAAGGCGGAGAUAAUGGCAUGGUCUCACAAGACUGGAAUAGAAAUGUUUAAGUAUGGUGAUCAUAUGAUGGGCAUUCAAGGUCACCCUGAGUACACCAUGGACAUUGUUCUCCACCUCAUCGACCGUCUUUCCAAACGCAACCUUAUUCAGGCGGAGACGGCGGCCGGGGCAAAGGCGAAGGUGGAGAAGGAAAAAGUAGGACGAUAUGAAGAAGAAGAUGAUGGACCGAGCAAGGCGGCGUGGAGGAAGAUCUGCAUUACUUUCCUCAAGGGAUCAUUCAAAUAAUUAAAUCCAAUUCAUAUAUACUCCCCCGUUAUUCCACAAAACACUUUCGCCCUAAUUUUUAGCGUGUCCCAUAAAACAGUUCUAUUCCACCUAAAAUGUCUAAAAUACCUUCGAAAUAACUUCCACUCGCAAUUAACUACGAAGUGGGAUGGGAGAAAAUUUUUGAAGGAUGCGCAAAAAAUAUGGACGAAAGUGUUUUGUGAAACGGCAGGAGUAUACAAUUGGGAUAUGAUAAAUAAUGAUGAUCCAUCAUA